AACACGUUACUACUUCAACCGCGUGAAAGUGACAAACUGACAAGUUAUCAUUUUCGUCAAAAACAACUUGAUAUCGAAAUAGUCCCUUUAUGUUGACUGCUUGCACAUGCGCAGUUUGACCGAUAGACCCAACGACGUGCUUAUGUGCGUCAGCCUAGCUAGCCAACGUCGCCAUGACAUCACCUACAUGUGUGAUCAGGGAUUUUUAUUGGAGAAGCAGUUUCUGCCUCUCUUUACUGUUACUGUCUUUGACUGGAGCCUGUGGGCACAGAACAACGUGAUAACUUUUUAAACAUGAAUGCAUUUUGGUUUAUCUAACGCAAACCUAUUUCUGAAUUGAAUCCAUUGGAUUACGAUCUACUGAGUUUAGUCAAGGAAUACCACCCAAAGGUGGGCGGAAACUAUACGAAGAUUAAGAGGAGCCUUAUCAACAUACAGAAAUGGCUUCAUUCAAAUCUACAAAAAUCCCAAUAUAUCCCAAACUUGGAGAGAAAGUUACUCCGGACACAUUAUAUUGGAAAAACUACAAGGCCCCAGUCCAGAUAAAGGAAUUUGGAGCAGUCACAAGCAUUGACUUCUCCUCCCUGGCACCACACAACUAUGCAGUGACUGCUUCUACACGGAUCCACAUCUACGGACCGUUUUCUACGGAGCCAGUCAAGACAUUUACUCGCUUCAAGGACACGGCGUACAGCGGAAAGUUCCGGUCAGAUGGUCAGCUCUUGGUGGCAGGAUGCGAGGACUCCGUGGUGCGGCUAUUUGAUGUCAGCGGCAAGGUGGCGCUCAGGGUGUUCAAAGGGCACACAAAGGGGGUGCAUGUAACAGAUUUCACCUCAGACUGUUAUCACAUCCUGACGGGCUCAGACGACUACACUUGUCGCCUGUGGGACAUCCCCAAUUCCACUGAACUGACCUCAUACAAGGAACACACAGACUAUGUCCGCUGUGGCAUCACCAGCAAACUCAACAGAGAUAUCUUCAUAACCGGCUCCUAUGACCACACACUAAGGGUGUUUGAUGCCAGAGUGGAAAAGAGUGUGAUGACCAUGGACCACAGCCAGCCCGUGGAGAGCGUUCUGCUCUACCCCUCUGAAGGACUACUGGUUUCAGCAGGAGGGCGGUAUGUGAAGGUGUGGGACCUGCUGAAGGGAGGUCAGCCUCUGGUGUCACUGAAGAACCACCACAAGACCGUCACCUGUCUCAGUCUCAGCAGCAACGGACAGAGACUGCUCUCUGCCUCCCUCGACAGGCAUGUGAAAAUCUACAACACAACCAACUACAAGGUGGUUCAUAACUUUGACUACGCCGCCUCCAUUCUCAGUCUGGCCCUGGCUCCUGAUGACGAAUCCAUUGUCGUUGGGAUGACCAAUGGCGUCCUGAGCAUUAAACAUAGGAAGAGCCCUGAGGAGAAACGGGAAAUGGCUGGAAAACGGAGAAUGCAGCCAGUGUACCGCAUCUUUGUCAAAGGAAGAAACUACGUCCCAAAAAAGGAUGACUUUCUUGUCAGCAAACCAGUGAAGAGCCAUCUGGCCAAAUACGACAAACAGCUGAAGAAAUUCAACAUCUCCAAGGCCUUGGAUACCGCCCUGGAGUCGUGGCGGAGGAACAGAAAGCCUGAGAUCACGGUGGCGGUGAUGAAGGAGUUGGAUCGCCGAGGAACUUUGAAGAACGCUCUGGCCGGACGAGACGAGCAGAACCUCUCUCAACUCCUCCAUUUCCUGAUUGUGAAUGUAGUUGAUCCCAGGUUUACACCUGUCCUCGUCACUGCCACUGAGAUGAUUCUUGACAUCUACCAGGCAGUGGUGGGUCAGUCUUCAGUAGUGGACAGGCAGCUUGUACGUCUCCAGGAGCUAGUGGAGAGAGAGGUUGACUACCAGCAGGACCUCCUGGAAGUUCUGGGGAUGUUGGAUACUCUAUUCGCCGCAUCCCUCCCCAGGAAAGAGGUGCCUUGCCCAGGCAGCAGCCGGCCUAACGGCUUGGCAGAGGGGAGUUUGGGGGCUCCGGGACCACAGCUCCAGGCCGCCUGAGGCCCCUACAAAAAGAGUAUUCCACCAGGGUACCAGAGUGCCUGGGCUGCCCCCGUCACGACUGGUUCCGGAAGUGCUUCUCGGUCUUUGACGGAACGUCGUCAGACUUCGAGAACCCAUGACUACAUCCUGCUAUCUGAAUUUAAACCACCAACCAAAAAAUGGAUUUGCGCAACCAAGCUGAGCCUUGUUCAUGCUGUGCUCCCUGGUUUUAACAGAAAGGGUAUUUUAACUGGCUCCAGAGAGAGGACAAAAUGGGUUUGACUCUUCAGAGACAGUGUUUUGUAAAUGUACACAUCUGUAUGUAUACUUAAAUCUCUGUAUCAGACUGGACACAAAGCGACAAUUCAUUUUUUUGGAACGCCAUCAAAUUGUCUUUCACAGCUAAUGUUUUCCUUAAACAGUGUGCGUGUAUUCAGUUUCUCUCGCCCUAUCUGUUCAUGUUUGGUUUGAAUUUUUAUAGAAUUUGCUUACAUUUCCAAUGUGCCGUAAAAAAGAAAAGAAAGCUGAAGUAAACUAUCAAUGUUGAAAACAAGGCGCCCUGGAUCCUCUUUGAUCACACUCUCACAUGCGCACCACACACAGUAUACUGUCCCAAUUGUCAUUCUCUCCAUCCUCCCAAAGUGUGCACUUGUUCACCAAAGAUGGUGAAUCAACGAAGAUGUCUUACUCAGGCGGUUUACCAUUGAAGAAAAUGCUCACAGUUAUGUACUGCUUUAAAGGGUUAUUAAUUUUGUAAAUGUUCUAAUUUCGUUAGCUCCUUGGUCAUGUGACCUGACUUCAAAACAAGGUUCAGAAUGUCCAAUGACUACCCUUGUAUAUUGCACACUCUUUAGUUUAUCCACGAUAUUACAUUUAAUUUUUCAAACUUUAUAAUUUAAAUUCAACUGUCAAAACACAAUUUCAGCCUUUGCCCAACCCCUUGAAAUUUAAAUAAACAAGCAUUCAGGUGGGUAGUAGGGUGUGGGAGUAGGGUGUGGGGAAUUGCUCAUAAAUAUUACUUUUGGGUUUGGGUAAACAUUGUCCCAGAUCCCAACACUUUCACAUUAAAGUAUACUUAACAGUAGUCCACUGGCACGCUCUGAUGGUAAAAUUAUGUGAAUCUCAACCUGUCAUGCCAAGUGGUGUCCCUUUGCCAAUACGUGCCCCACCCCCUCCACGACACAUUAGGUUUCAAUCCUAUUGAAGCACUAUUAAGGUGUUGUUCAGGGUGAAUUUAUAUUUGUGUUUCUGACACAUGUUUUUUGGGGGGGGGGGUCAUGAUUUUAGUUUUUAGGAAAUUUACUGCCAGGGCCCAAUUAUGGCAAUAUUGCUCCAGAAUAUUAAUGUUCUGUUGAAGACCUUCUUUGGUUGGUGAUAGAAGUACCAAGUCAUCAGCAUAUAGCAGGUAUUUCACCUCUGUGUCAAAUAGUGUGAGUCCUGGGGCUGGAGAUUGGUCCAACAUGUCUGCUAAUUCAUUGAUAUAACUGUUGAAAAGAUUUGGACUCAAAUUGCAGCCUUGUCUCACACCUCGACAUUGUGAAAAUAAUUAUGUUCUUUGGUUUUUGAUUUUUAUUGCACAUUUGUUUUCUGUACAUACAUUUUAUUAAGUCAUAUACCUUACCACCAAGCCCAUUUUGUGGAAUAGCCCUUUGUGCUAAAUCGAAUCAAAUGAUUUUUUUAAGUAAAAAAAGCAAGCAAAGA